AUGGAUCUUGACACACUUCGAAAUUAUUAUGGUAGUUUGGUUGUUGUUAUUACAUUUUUAAGUCGAAUUAUAUUCGUUGGAUUCUGUUGGAGUUAUGGAACAGUUAUUGUUCAAUUUAAAAAAGAAAAUUCAACAAUAUCCAACACAGAAUUAAGUUGGAUUGGUAGUAUUGGUCAAAGUUUUGGUGGUCUUCUCGCUCCAUUAAUUUUUUUCUUAGCUCGUCGAUAUGGAUAUCAAAUAGCAUUUAUUUUUUCACUUAUAACAUGUGUUAUUUCAUUAUUAAUUUCAUCAACUAUUCGUAAUCUUCAUUGGUUAUUAAUAACCUAUUCAAUUCCAUAUGGUUUUGCUAAUUCAGUUAUUUUCAUUCUUGGUACAUUAAUUUGUGGUCUUUAUUAUCCUGUUAGUCAAUAUUCAAAACAUAUUCUUGUUAUGUGUAUUAUUUCAACAGGAUUUCCAUUGGGUUAUCAUGUUAUGAGUGCUUUGAUAUUUUCCUCAAUUGAACAUCAUGGAUGGCAAUCAAUGAAAAGACGUAUUGCUCUGUUAGAAUUAUUUGCUAGUUGUAUACUUGGUCCACUUUUUACUACGAAAUAUUUACCAAGUACAGCACCAGAUCAUCGUCGUAUGUCAAUAGCAGUUAUACAAAAUAAUAAUAAUCGAAAAACUUAUUUUUCAUUAACAAUCAUUGUUUGGAUGUUAGGAAUAUUUACAACAGUAUCUGCAGUCAACAACUUUCUUCUUCAUUUACAUAUUUAUUUGGAACAUCUUCAUGUUGCUCCAGCUCAUGCUGAUUUUUGGUUUCGUUUACAUGGUCUAUGCGAUGCAUUAUUUCGACUAUUAAUUCCAUUUUUUAUUCGAUUUUAUCCAAUAAAUAUUAUUUAUCUUUUUCCAAUAUGUGUUUUUACUGGUUUUAUUUUCUUAAUACUAACAUUCGGUCUAUAUACAAGUGUACAUGCAUUAGCAGUUCUAUCCAUUGCUUUAUUUAGUUUUACAUCAGCUGUUACUACAUCACUUCAAUAUACAGUUUCAAAUCAACUCUUCGAAAAUGAUCAAACGGAACAAGGUUAUGUCUAUCAUGUAAUUAUUACAAGUCUUGGUUUAAUCAUAGGUCCAGUGGUUGGAGGUAAACUUCUGGAUAUAACCGAAAAUUAUAAAUCGAUUAUUCUAACAUCAAUGGUUUUUCUUAUUAUUAGUUUUAUUUCAUUUAAUGUCACGAUUUUAUUAUUGAAGAAGCAGAAGAAGAAUGAAUUAGAACAAAAUCAAAUUUCUACUCUAUAA